AUGUCGGCGACUACGCCGGACAUGGGGAAACCCCAGUUCUCCUCGCACUCAUGGCUGGAACCACUGGUGGUCGUGAGCAUCAUGAUUGGCUCUCUCGUGCUCAACAGGCGUAAAAACUACAGCAUAUUCGGCAACAGAGCCAUUGAUGAACGCAAUCCCCGUGGGUAUUUUGACUCUAUUGAUGAAGUCCGCGGACAGUCACCCAACCCGAGCAAAGCAGAGCGCGUUUGUGGCAUUCCUAUCACCACGCCGGACUCCACGCGUUGGGCGAACCAUAUUCACAGUCGCAUCUUGUACAAAUUCCCUUUCUUGGUGGAGAUGUUCUAUUGGGCUGUCAACUUUCUAUUCUACUCCGUCACCAAAGCGACGGCACAAUGGUUGGUACCUGCUCAGGUGGGCGUGGUCGAAGUCGCCCAACGGCAUGGCGAGGAUAUUCUUUGGUUUGAACAUGAGUCGAUUUUCCGAUGGAUGUUCCCGAUCUUGGAAUCGGAUUUCCAGGGCUAUUUCUUGGGAAGUCACCCUGCCAUCAUGACUUUCUUCAAUCGCAUCUACUCGCUCGUGCAUAUCCCCGGGACUGUACUGUUCAUUUCCUGGUACUAUCAUGAAGCCCCCAACGCAAACACUUUCGCCCUCGUCCGCCGCACCAUGACACUCGGCAACUUCUUCGCCUUUGCAGUCUUCUGCGUCUACCCGUGCAUGCCGCCCCGUCUUCUCCCCGAGUCCUACCACUUCUUCGACACCGUCCGUCAAGAGCAUGCCGAAAGCGUCUGGGUCGACAGCAAGUCCGUGAACCAAUUCGCGGCCAUGCCCAGCUUACACUUCACCUACGCCUUUGUGAUCAGCAGCACAUUCCUUUACCAUUCAGAAAUUUUCCGCCGACUGCGCGGAAAGCCCGUUCGCAAAUCCACAUUGACCCAAGUCAUCUAUACAGUGCUUGCUUUCGCAUACUCGCUGCUGGUUCUCAGCGUUAUUGUCGCAACCGCAAACCACUACUGGCUGGAUGCUGUCAUGGCCAUAAUUUCAGUCACCGUGUGCUUCAUGAUCAACCGCGUGUUCUUGCUGCUGCUCCCGGUCGAGUACUGUCUCUGCUGGGUGCUGCGGUUGGCCAAGCCGCCUCCCAACGUUGGCGGCAAUAAGUCGGACGAACUCAGCGGUACCGAGUCACCCAGAUACCGGUCUGUGCCGGGCUACGAUGUCGUGUGA